GACUCAGAGAAAUGCUUCACCUGUGACUCACGGGACCCAUCCCUGCCUGAGAGCCACCGCAUUGAGGACGUCAUCUACCUGAGUGGCCCCCACGACCAGCGGACCUGGUGGCAGUCAGAGAAUGGCGUGGAGCAUGUCAGCAUCCGCCUGGACCUGGAGGGCGAGUUCCACUUCACCCACCUCAUCAUGAAGUUUAAGACCUUCCGCCCCGCGGCCAUGCUGGUGGAGCGCUCAGCCGACUUCGGACGCACCUGGAAGGUUUACCGCUACUUCGCCUACAACUGCUCCAAGCUCUUCCCUGGCAUCCCCAGCCAGCCCUCAGGGCUGAUGGAUGAGGUGCUCUGUGACCAGCGCUACUCUGAGAUCGAGCCCUCCAGCCAUGGGGAGGUCAUCUUCAAGGUGCUGGACCCCUCCAUCCCCGUGGCAGAUCCCUACAGCUCGGACAUUCAGGACCUGCUGCGCAUCACCAACCUGCGAGUGAACCUCACCAAGCUGCACACGCUGGGAGACAACCUGCUGGACUCGCGGCGGGAGGUGCUGCAGAAGUACUACUAUGCUGUGGAUGAGCUGGUGCUGCGUGGGAGCUGCUUCUGCCACGGCCACGCUGCCCACUGUGCCCCGGCACCCGGCGCCCCAACACCCUCCGUCCCUGGCAUG